AAGUGUCAGUUAAGGCUUGGAAAUUUCGGUUGUGGUUACCAGUUAAAGCUUAUGUUAACAAAUUUCUGAGCUCUUAAGGCUCAUUCAAAAUUUUAUAAGUAUCUUGUGUAGUUUAUUUCAGUCAUUUAAUAUGAUCUUUAAAUUUGUUGUUUUAUACAAUUAAGGAUAAAAUGGAUUUAAACCUGAACAUUUUUCUCCUGUUAGUAUUUUCGCAAUAUUUGAUCACAACGGGCGAAUGUGAAACUCCGAUUAGAAAAAUUGAGGACAUUUUCGGACGGCUGGGACCAACAUCUUUGUUGACAACAUUUACAAAGUAUGCAAAUUUUUCUGAAUAUACCGAGCAGACUUGUGGAGGACAAUUUCUGGUGUAUACGAACAGCCUUAGAAGAGGAGAAAUGUGGGCUCUUAAAAUGAUAGAUUCAUCUUCAAAGAUCCCGUCUGGUAUUUUGACAGGAAAUAUUAUCGAUCUGGGAAUGUUUGACGAAUGCAUGUCAGUUCAGGCAAAGAAAGAGAAGAUAAAAAUUCGUGGUCGACACUGCAUGUAUUCAAUAACUUUCGCUAAUCACAAUACUUCAAGUCUCAUUCAACCAACUUUUUCAAUAUGCGUUCCGUCAGCAUGUAAUGCUUAUGAUGUGGAAACAUUUAUCAAUAAAACUAUCCAUAAUAUUGAAUGGGUAAAAGAUUUGGGAAUCACUGAUAUAACUGCAAGUUGCUCAACUGUUGGUCCUCAAAGAUGGUCAAACGGAACCAUCAUAUCAGUGAUAAUAGUAUCUAUCUUUGUGAUUUUCCUAAUAAUUUGCACGUUUCUGGAUAUCCUUUAUAGAAGUAAUCCUCUUGAAUCUGCAGUUGCGAAUAACUUGGCAGAGUUUUCAUUGUGCAAAAGUGCAAAUAAAAUUUUUAAUAUGAAUGCCAAUCCCAAUUCAUUGACUGCAUUAAUUGGCAUUCGAUCUUUGAGUAUGUGUUGGAUUGUUCUUGGUCAUCAGUAUGUCAUGAGGGCUUUGUACGUUAAUGUUAACCUAAAUGAUAUUGAAGAUUGGAUGAAAUCCUGGAAGACUUUGUACAUAUAUAUGUCCGUUUUCGCCGUGGAUACGUUCUUUAUGCUAAGCGGACUCUUAGUGGCUUAUUUGUUCCUAAAAGAAAUGUCCACAGGAAAGAAGUUUAAUAUUUUUGCCUUUUAUUUUCACCGCUACAUAAGAUUAACACUGCCAGUGGUGGCACUCCUUGUCUUCUCGAUUUUUAUCAUCCCUCUAGUCGGAUCAGGUCCAAGGUGGGAGAAACUAAUAAAUAUAUUUUUCACUGAAAAUUGCAAAGAAAAAUGGUGGUCGUUUUUUCUGUACAUAAAUAAUUACGUGAAACCAGAUAAUGUUUGUAUGGGUCAUUUAUGGUAUCUGGCUGUUGACAUGCAAUUUUUCUUGAUAUCGCCACUUAUAUUAUACCCUCUUGUCAAGAAACCAAAAGUGGGAUUCGCAAUUUGGAGCGUAUUGUUUUUCUGGCAAAUCGCAUCACCUGCUGUAAUUAUAGCAGUAAACAAGUAUACGACCGCGCUGGAUGCGGGGCAGACCCUCGAGGAGACGUUAGACAUCUUUAGAAACCUUUACGCAGUAGCUUACGCAAGAGGUGGCAGUUGGCUUAUUGGUGUCCUCUUUGGAUAUAUCAUAGCUACAAAAGGAUCAGAUUUUAACAAGAUAACUAUUUAUAUUGGAUGGAUUUGUAGUCUCGUUUCGUUCACGUUUUGCACAUUGGGAAUGAAGUCUUUUCAGGGCAAGGAUUAUGUUUACAAAGCUGUUUGGGAAUCAGUUUAUGGAUCGCUCUCACGACCACUCUGGGCCGCAAGUGUAGCUUGGAUUGUUUUAGUUUGCGUUCACGGUUAUGGUGGUCCAAUAAACACGUUUCUGUCGCUUCCAAUCUUCAUUCCGUUUGGUAAACUUUCCUAUUGCAUGUACUUGGUCCACGUAGUACUUCAGGGAAUGCUAACAUUUGCAUCAAGGACACCGCAUUACUUCACAGACUUCAAUACGUUCAAGCUCUUCUUGACUAGUUUUGUCCUUUCCGCUGUGAUAGCCUUCUUCUGCAGUUUACUAUUUGAGUCGCCCAUUUUAACGUUAGAAAAAAUGAUUUUUCGAAGACAAAAAGUAGACAAGAGGAAAUCAACGGAACUACUUGAAGAUAUAGAAGAAGAAAAAUAAGUUUGAAUAGUUGAACUAGUUGUUAGUGUUAAAAGUUUAGUUAUUCUUUUCUUUUUUAUCGAAUCCUUUGAAAUAGAAAUGAAUUUGAAA